CCAGCUUUCUCUUCAAUUGCAACAACUCGAACAUCUUGUCUGUGCUGGUGGAUUAUUAACAGAGGUUAUUGGUCUCCAUGGCAAAACAAUUGAACGAUCGCACAGAACGUAAUCUCAUUUAUGGGGUGCAAAAAAAAAAAAGACAGUGGGUCAGGGAUAUAAAUGCCCAUUGCCACUGAGGGCCUGCUAUAGUUCAGAAGUGACUCCACGGUUCAAAACGCUCUGACAUUUUGGUCCCAAAUUUCUUACUGAACCAGGUACAGCCACUGCAACACGCUGCCAAAAUCCCUGAGGAGCCCUGUGAAGCUGGUGGUGAGGAGCCUUUGAUCUCUGUGCUUUACUGUGCCACCCCAACAUGUGUACUGGGGGCUGUGCCAGGUGCCUGGGGGGCAUCCUCAUUCCCCUGGCUCUGUUUGCCAUCCUGGCAAAUAUCCUGUUGUUUUUUCCUGGAGGAAAAGUGGUGGCUGACAAGAGCCACCUUUCGGAUGAGGUCUGGUACUUCGGAGGAAUACUGGGAAGCGGAGUCUUGAUGAUCUUCCCUGCGCUGGUGUUCUUGGGCCUGGAGAACAAUGACUGCUGCGGAUGCUGUGGUAAUGAGAGCUGUGGGAAGCGAUUUGCGAUGUUCACCUCCACAUUGUUUGCUGCGGUUGGCUUCUUGGGUGCUGCAUACUCAUUUAUCGUCUCAGCCGUUUCCAUCAACAAGGGUCCUAAAUGCUUCAUGAUCAGUAACACCUGGGGAUACCCCUUCCACGAAGGUGAUUAUCUUAAUGACCAAGCCUUGUGGAGCAAGUGCGUAGAACCCCGCGAUGUGGUCCCUUGGAAUCUCACCCUUUUCUCCAUUCUGCUGGUCAUCGGAGGGAUCCAGAUGGUUCUCUGUGCCAUCCAGGUGAUCAAUGGCCUCCUGGGAACUCUCUGUGGAGACUGCCAGUGCUGUGGCUGCUGUGGGAUGCUGGACAAAACCUAA